AUGGUGUCUGCUCCCUGCGCUCGCUCUCGGGCUCGCUCCUCCUCGCCCGCUGGCUCUCCGUCUCCCGGGGCUGGCCGCGCCUCCCCGCGCCUCCCCACUCGCCCUCCCGAGCCGGCCGCGGCGCUCUCGGGGCUGUUCAGCUGGGCUGGGGCGCCGAGGCGUCUCCCGGGCGCAUCGAGGCGGCGCCGCGCGCCCCGCGCUCGCCUCAAACUCGCCGGCGGCUCCGGGUGGCUGCGGCCGGGCCGGGCUGGCCGGGCCGGGCGGAAGGGGCUGCAGCCGCGGCGGCGGCCGUGUGGCCGGGAGGCCUGGCCGGGCCGGGGGCGGGGGGCGCGUACAGGCCUAGAGCAGGGGCUGCGGAGCCCCCGGGAGGUGGGCGCGGACGGCUGGAGUGGGCUCGCGCCGCCGCCUCUGUCCCCUUCUCCUCCUCCUUCUUCCCCUUCCUUGUCUCUCCGCCGCCAGCAGGUGGGACUCGGAGCCGCCGCCGCCGCCGCACAAAGCUCCGCCGGCGGCAGGACUGAGGCUGCGGGUUCCCCAGGCGCCUGGUGGCGGAGCCUCCCCCGAGACGCGCGCGAGGCUGAGCGGGCACGAAGGGGGCGCGCGCGCUCACACCCUCCGCGCCCCGGGCGGCCGGCCUGCCAGGUACAGAUCCUGGCGCCGAGCCGCGGCUGCCGCUCCUGCCUCCCAAAACCUAAACCGGCGGCUGCACCGGCUUGGACGACGACCUUGCUGAAGUAG